AGGCGGGGCGCACAGGAGCCUGCUGGAACUGGAAUCGGAUGCGAAAAAUCUGCGAGUGCGAACCCGAGUCGGGGUCAAAACUGAAAAAAAAAAGUGGCCACGGUCGUGGCGUGGCGACUUGCGGCGGCGGCAAACGACAGGGGUUCCGUCAUUCCGUGGCCACCAGUGGGAAACUGCAAAAACGCUGUCCCCUCCUACUCUCCGACUCUCCCCGUCGGUGACUGCCCUUCUGCUCUCCGACUCUCCCAGCCGGCGAGACAGCACCUUCUUCACCCCUCUUCCUGAGCGGCGUCGUCUCCCACUUUCUCCACUCUGCAUUCGCUCGAGUGCAGAUCCAUCAGUCCGAAGUCGGGCCGCCGGUUUGUUCUUCAGCUGGUUGGAUGAUUUGUGUGCUGCUGGGAUCCCACUAAUCCGACCUAACCACGCGUAGUUCGAUUAGGUGCUUCAGUGCGCGCCGCGCGGUUUUAAAAAGAAUCAGGAGGGUCGUCCAGCCUCGGAGAUAUUCCCCAGUCUGCUGCGUUGGGUGCAUCAUUUUCUGAUGGGCUACUCUCCAUUUAGCGGUUAUGGAGCCUCCCAGGAAGCAUAAGUCCAGUGGCGUGCCAGUCAAGGAGGAAGUGGAGUCAGAAGAUGGAAAUGAUUUGGUAGCCAAGCGCAGAAGGACUGAAGUUUCAGGGUCCAUUAUCCAACUACAACAGCAAAUUGAAGUCUUUGGCAUGGAGAACAAAGCGCCAGCUGGUCUGAAAGUUGAAGAUUCUACUGGCAAGGAUCCCAUGGAUGUGCUCAAUAGUUGUGCAGUACAGAACUCUGGUCAAGCGAAUGGUCGCAGUAACGAACCGGCAAGCUUGAGACUGCUGAAAAUAUGCAAGGUAAUUGGCUGGAAAGAACCACAAUUUGAUUUUGAAGAACAAGGACCUCAACAUAACAAAACAUUCAAGUGCAAGGUGACUGUUCACUUGGAUGGAUUGCUCAACACCAUUAUGGAGUGCUUCAGCAAGCCCAACCCUAGGAAGAAAGCUGCACGAGAGAACGCCGCACAAGGGGCAUUAUGGUGCCUUCAGUGCUCUGGUUAUGUCAGAAAGUGAUCUUCAGAUGUUCCUGAGUAGUGCCGCUAUCAGCCCUUCUGCUGGCCUGACCAACCCUUGUUAAUGUUGCUAUAUGUGUACAUCUGGUUUAACCUAGAGUUGCUAUGUGUACAUUUGGUUUAACCUGGAGUCAUGUAUUAAACUCGUAGCUUGGUUGUAGACAACUUUGUUUGCGGCAUAGGAGCUCGCGGGAUCAAACCCUAGGCUCUCCCAUUUUACCCUAUUUUUUAGUGGCUUACAUGUGGCUCUUGUAUGAAAAUUCCUCCCCUCAUUUUAUCCUGUUUUUUAGUGGCUUACAUGUGGGGCUCUAUGAAAAUUCGGUGCAAAAA